UGUUGGAUAUAUUCUUAGCCAGCAUUAGUCCAAAAGUGCAAAAGUUACAUCUGAAGUUUGUCACAAUGGAUUUUCUUAAGCGUUGGCAAAAUUUCACAUUUCCCAGCAUGAAGAUUUUGGAGUAUUCAUUCAAUGGCGGCAAUUUGCAUUAUGGUGACUAUGAAGAAUCAAUUGAUAUAAUGACAAAGAUCUUUUGCCCCAAAGAGAUCGCCAAGUAUCAGCGACUGGAAGAGCUGACAUUUAUUUAUGAUGAUAUAUUAGCAAUGAAGUUGCGUCAGCUGGCAAACUAUAAUACAAAUAAACGCCAUGAUAUCUUAGUGGAGCUACUAAAGAACCGUAGCAAGGACAUUCGGAGGAUUAUGUUUAAAGAAAGCAUCAGCCAAUAUAACAUGUGCACACUAGAAAAACCGACCAACUUGGGCCAAUUGACUUUGGUUGAAUAUUGUGGGAUCAAUGAUGAAAAUCUGCUAAAGCUGAUUGCGAAUUUGAAGUACUUAGAGCAACUGGAUUUCAUCGACUAUAAUAUGAAGAUUAGACGCACUGGACAAUCGCUCUCUGCCCUUAACGCUGCAUUGGGACAACACGGAUGCAAAUGAAGAGCUGAUUCGUCAUCACUUCAACCAUCCAAAACUAAAGCACUCUUUUUCCCAGUUAAAAUCGGAUUUAUUCAGUUGCAAUAUGAUACAAAUUCAUUUAAGGCCUUUGCAGUAGUAAAGUAAUUUAUAAUGUCUAAGCUUUUUAGUCACUAAAGCUAAGGCAAGAGUCAUUUAAUAGAUAUAAAAUAUUGGUAUUUCACAUUCACACACUAUCAAUAUUGAACCAGGGCUGCCAAUUUGUAUGAUUCUUAUUAUGGCACGUUACAAGUUAUCGUUAUCGAUAAAUAGUAAUAUUUAUAAUUAUAAUAUUAUCAGACGUUCCAUUUAGAUGUUAACCAAUUUGUUGAUUAAUUAAAUACGCAAUGAAUUUA